CCUUUUUGCUGAGCAACACUUAAUUUGGACUUGCAUGAAGUCCUGAGCCCACCCACCGGCCCCCAGCCUCAGCACGCUGAAUCAUAUUUAAGGAGGCCCUCUCAUCCUCGCCCCCGAAUCCCAGAGGAAACUCCAGCCCACUGCUUACAGCUUGAAGGCCAACACAACAGACCAAACAUGUGUGACGAUGAUGAGACCACCGCAUUGGUGUGCGACAACGGUUCUGGUUUGGUCAAGGCGGGGUUUGCUGGUGACGAUGCCCCCCGCGCCGUCUUUCCAUCCAUUGUUGGACGCCCCCGUCACCAGGGUGUGAUGGUGGGUAUGGGUCAGAAGGACAGCUACGUGGGAGAUGAGGCCCAGAGCAAGAGGGGUAUCCUGACUCUGAAGUACCCGAUUGAGCAUGGCAUUAUCACCAACUGGGAUGACAUGGAGAAGAUCUGGCAUCACACUUUCUACAAUGAGCUCCGUGUGGCUCCAGAGGAGCAUCCCACCCUGCUGACUGAAGCCCCGCUAAACCCAAAAGCCAACAGAGAGAAGAUGACUCAGAUCAUGUUUGAAACCUUCAAUGUCCCUGCCAUGUAUGUUGCCAUCCAGGCAGUCCUGUCCCUUUAUGCCUCUGGACGUACCACUGGUAUUGUACUGGACUCUGGGGAUGGUGUGACACACAACGUACCAAUCUAUGAGGGGUACGCUCUUCCGCACGCCAUCAUGCGUCUUGAUCUGGCUGGUCGGGACCUCACUGACUAUCUGAUGAAAAUCCUGACUGAGCGUGGCUACUCUUUUGUCACCACAGCUGAGCGUGAAAUUGUGCGAGACAUCAAGGAGAAGCUGUGCUAUGUAGCACUGGACUUUGAGAACGAGAUGGCGACCGCCGCCUCCUCCUCCUCCCUGGAGAAGAGCUACGAGCUUCCCGACGGGCAGGUCAUCACCAUCGGCAACGAGCGUUUCCGCUGCCCGGAGACUCUGUUCCAGCCUUCCUUCAUCGGUAUGGAGUCUGCUGGCAUCCAUGAAACCGCUUACAACAGCAUCAUGAAGUGUGACAUUGACAUUCGUAAGGACCUUUAUGCCAACAAUGUGUUGUCUGGUGGAACCACCAUGUACCCUGGUAUUGCCGACCGUAUGCAGAAAGAAAUAACCGCCUUGGCCCCAAGCACCAUGAAAAUCAAGAUCAUUGCUCCUCCUGAGAGGAAAUAUUCUGUUUGGAUCGGUGGCUCCAUCUUGGCCUCUCUGUCCACUUUCCAGCAGAUGUGGAUCAGCAAGCAGGAGUAUGAUGAAGCUGGCCCCUCCAUCGUCCACAGGAAGUGCUUCUAAAUCGCCAGUCAGAACCAAAACCAGAACCAAAACCAACAACCAAACUAGCUUACUUUCCAUAACUUUAUUUCUACUGUGUAUAUACAUGUGCUGUUGUAAUAAUAAAUAGUUUUUUAAAAUGCAA